AGUUUAGUUACGAUUUCGAAAACGACCCGACGCGUCCCGCCGCCGGCGACAAAACCGCCCGAUUUCUCUGACGAAUCCAGUUUCUUAUAACCUUCGUCAAUCAAGUUCUCGAACGUCCUGUUUAGCGAAUUAUUUUGUACUUUUAAGUGAAAGUGUUUGACUUGAGUGUUUCGUGACACUAUUGGAUUAUUGGCUGUUUCUAUUUCGUUUGGUUGAAGCCUAUCAUCAGAGCGGCAGUAUUGGUCCAGCCGCGAGCGUAAUGUUCCCAAGCUAACAAUGGGGGUUACCGACGAUUUAGCCCCUAGCUUCACGCAGAAGCCACAGCUGCGACAGGAAGACGAUGGCAACAAACUCGUCUUCGAAUGCCAGCUGGUCGCAUCGCCUAAACCGGAGAUAUGCUGGUUUAGAAGCGAUGAACUGCUCAAAGAAGAUAAUAGGACCAAGUUCAAGAUCCAGAGCAUCGCCAACAACAAGUUCCUGGUGGUGCUUGAGUUAGAUGACGUGAUCGAGACCGAUGCGGGGCUGUACAAAGUUAAGGCUAAGAAUAAGAUGGGCGAGGUGGCCGCUUCCAUCAACCUUAACUUCAGCCCCGCUGACGAAGAAAAACAGAAACAAGUGGACGGUAAAGCGCCAACUUUCGCGCGUAAACCAGCCAUCAGACAAGAAGAUGAUGGCAAGCGGUUAAUAUUCGAGUGCCGCAUUGAAGCUGAACCCCUACCCCAGGUCUCCUGGUUCCACAGUGGCGUGGAAGUCAAACCUGGAGCCAGACAUAAGUUAACCGUGAGCAAGGAAGGAAAAUCCUAUUAUGCAUCACUUGAAAUCAACAACGUAACAGUAGAAGAUGCUGGUAAAUACAGGGUGACGGCUAAGAACGAACUGGGCGAAAGCAAUGCCACAAUCAGUUUGAACUUCGAUAGCGACGAAGCGCCCGUACCUGAGGACUUUAUCAAACCGACAUUUACGGAGAGACCAGUCAUCAGGCAAUCGGAUGAUGGUACCAAAAUCUCAUUCGAAUGUCGAUGUGUUGGCAAACCGAAACCAACCAUCACAUGGUACCAUGGUAAAAAGAUGAUAAAAGAAAGUAGUCGAUAUAAAAUAACGUUAGAAGAGGACCAAACAUUAUAUCACAUGGCGCGACUCGAAAUCUUAGGCGUUGAGAAUUCGGACAGAGGAGAAUACAGGGCUGUAGCGAAAAACAAACAUGGUGAAGGCGUAGCAAAAAUAAACCUAAACUUCGAAGGCGGAGAUAAACCAAAAAUACCCGACGGUAAAGCACCGAGAUUCCCUAAAAAGCCGACCAUUAGACAGGAAGGCGAAGUACUUAUAAUGGAAUGUAUAUUAGAAGCAUACCCAGCUCCAGACAUCACGUGGUUCCACGGAGAUAAAGAAAUUAGGGAUGGUGCAAAAAUGAAGAUGUCCAGAAAAGCCACCGGAAAAGAUACAUUUAAUUUGACGUUAGAAAUUUUAGGCCCCACGCGGGAAGAUGGGGGCAAUUAUAGGUGUAACGCCUUCAACUUGUUUGGCGAGAGCAAUGCCAAUAUUGCUCUCAAUUUCCAAGGUGGGGAUGACGAAAAUGGUUUCCCACCAUCAUUCGUGGAGAAACCCCGAAUCAUUCCCAACGAGGACGGCACACUCAUUACGAUGCGUUGUGUCUGCAAAGCAAAGCCGGCGGCCGAAGUCACGUGGUACAGAGGCACGACCGUCAUCAAGGCUAGUAGUAAAAUCGAAAUCAAAUCAUCCGAUAUGGGUGAAGACGUUUAUGAGUUAUUGUUGCUUUUGACAAACCCGACGGCAGCGGAUGGUGGCUCUUACCGCUGUCACGUCAAAAACGAAUUUGGCGAAAGCAACGCUAAUCUCAACCUAAACAUUGAGGCUGAACCAGAACCGGAAGGUGAAGGCCCGACAUUUGUCGAGAAGCCAACGAUUCAGUCCAAGGACAAUGGCAAAUUAGUUAUAAUGGGAUGCAAGGUCAAAGCUAGCCCGCGACCGACGAUCGUGUGGUACCACGAGGGUAAAGAAAUCAGGGACUCGUCGAAAAUUAAGACCAGGGUUGAGGUCCACGAGGACGUGUACACAAUCAUAUUAGAACUUAUCGAUCCUGGUAUUGAAGACUCCGGAUUGUAUAAAUGCAACAUUAAAAAUGAACUUGGAGAGCUCAAUGCGAAUCUUACGCUCAAUAUUGAAAUCAUUCCAGUUAUCAAAGAGAAACCAAAGAUCAUUAAGAUAGUUAAGAAGAAGACUGUUAUUGUUGAAUGUAAAGUAUUAAGUAAAUUUGCACCUGCAUGCACAUGGUUCAAAGAAAAUACUGCUGUCAAAGAAGGCUCUAGGCAUACUGUGCUUAUUGAGCCAAGCAGAGAAGGUGAAUUCACAGUCAAAUUGGAAAUCUCAAACGUGUCACAAGUGGACAAAGGUUCAUACAAACUGGUGGCCAAGAACGAGAAGGGAGAGGCGACAUCACAGGUCGUCGAGAUCUCGGACAUCCCAGAAGAAAAGGGUGAUAAACCACAGAUCAUUAAACAUCUUAGGAGCUUGGCCCGCAAAGAAAACGAGGAAGCCGAAUUUGUGGCUGUCCUGAAGACGUCAGACCAAUCGUGCAGAUGCACGUGGUACAAGAACUCGACAGUCAUCAGAGACUCCUCGGAAGUGAAUACAUCGUUCGAUGGCACCAACGCCAGGCUGAUCAUCAGGAAGGUGUCCACUAAAUACGUCGCUAACUACAGAGUGGUGAUCAAGAACGAAUACGGAGAAGACGAGUCCAGUGCAGACUUGACUAUUGUUGAGGAAAAGAAAAAGAAAAAGGAGGAAGAGGAAGAAGAGACGACUGUCAUUGAGGAGUCUGAAGAAGAAAUGUCAAUAGUGGAGGAGAAAUCCAUUAUUGAAGAAAACCACGUCGAAGAGAAAAAGAAGGAGGAAGAAAAGAAAUCUGUAAGAAAAAUGUCACAGAAAGAAGAAGUUAAAGUAGAACAAAAGAAAGAAGAAGUUUCGAUUGAAGCAAAGAAAACAGAAUCUAAAGUCGAAGCCAAGAAAACUGAAAGCAAAGUUGAAGCCAAGAAAACUGAAUCUAAGAUUCAAGAAACCAAAAAGGCUGAACUUGAAGCUGAAGAAACUAAAAAGAUAUUCGAGAAGAGGCUUUCAAAAUCCGAAGAAGAAAAGAAAGCGCUUCUUGAAAAACUUGAAAAGAAGAAACCUGAACCUGAACCGGAAAAGAAAAUUGAAGGCAUUCCAAAACUUAGGCCCACUAAGCCUAAGGAAGAACCAGUUGAGGAAAAGAAAGAAGAAGUUAAGAAGAAGACCGAAGAAAAGAAAAAAGUGGUUAAAAAGAAGGUCGUCGCUAAAAAGGAGGAGGACGAAAUCGAGUUCGUCGAUGAUUACGAGAGACCUGUUUUGGAGAAAUAUGAAAAGAUUACACCGACGCCGCUUGAUAAAAAAGCUAAAGAGGAUCACACACCAAAGGGUAAACGCGCAUCUAUUGCGGAAAGCGUUAAAAGUGAACAAGAUAGUGAGGAGGAACCGUCAGUGGCAGCACCCGCUCCCGAGAAAAAACCUAAAGUUGAACCUGCUAAGGUUGAAGAAGAAAAGACUGAGCCACCAAAGCGGCCUAGUAUCAAAAAGGGUGUACCAAAACCAGAGGAGCCUGUUGACGAGUUAUCUAAAGUUAAACUCGGCAAGGCUCCUUCUAAACCAGAAGAAACUAAACUGGAGGAACCACAGGUUGCAAAGACCAAAAAACCGGUUAAGAAGCCGGAGGAAGCCGAAUUCGUGGAUGAUUACGAAAGGCCUGACCUCGAAAAAUACGACAAAGUUACUCCAACUCCGUCAGAUAGGACCAAAAAACAAAAUGGGGUUGAUGAGGCUGAACCAGAAUUUGUCGACGAUUAUGAAAAACCAGAACUUGAAAAAUAUGAAAAGAUUACUCCUACGCCUAAAGACAAACGUCGUCCUAGUGAUACUGAGGAUGAUGUAGACAUGAUGAAGGGCAAAAUUAAACCAAAAGAAAAAGAACCUGAACCUGAAGUGCCUACACUGCGCAAACGGCCUGUCCAAAAGGACAAGGAGGAGGAGAAACAGCCUGAGGAGAAACCAAAGGCUAAGCCUAAGAAAAAAGACGAACCUGAAGCUAAAAAGCGUCCUUCUCUUAAAGAGAAAGAGGUCGCUGUCGAGGAGUUUGUCGACGAUUACGAGAGGCCAGUUCUCGAGAAAUACGAAAAAAUCACACCUACACCUAUUGAGAAAAAGAAAAAGGAAGAGAAACAGCCUGAGGAAGAAGUACCCUCAGCCACAGCUACUGCUAGACGACGAUCUGUCAAAGACAAAGAUAAGCCAGAGCCUAUGGAUGUUGACGAAAGCGUCAGCCUAUCCAAGCCAAAGGCACCGUUGAAACCUGGCAAGGAGCCUGAAGAUGUUUCACUUACACACAAAACACCAGCUGAAAUUAAACCUACGGAGGACCAGGCUGAAGCUAAGCUCAGUGUUAAAAAACCAGAAAUUGUCGAGGAAAAAACUCUUAAGAGACCGACACCUAAGGAUAAGAAGGACAAAGAAGACAAGCCUGAGGACACUGAAGAAGCUGUCAGUAUAACCAAACCUAAGACAAGCACCACUGCUCCUGAAGAAGCACAACUUACACAAAAGACACCUGCUAGGAGAAAGCUAACGGAGGGUACUGAGGCAGCACAGUUGAAAGUCAAAAAACCUGCUGUCGUUAAAAAGGAUAAGGAAGACGAGGAUCAGGACCCAAUCGUAGUAAAAGGUGGUAAAUUUGAGAAACCCCAGCUCAAGAAAACAGUUGUUAAGAAGCCAACAGAACAGCCUAAACGUGCUGUUGUCGCUGAGCAAGAGAGUGACGAUGACGAACUUGUCUUUAAACCCAAAGAUCCGGUGAUUGAACUCGACUUUGUCGAUGACUACGAAAGACCAGUACUUGAAAAGUACGAAAAGAUUACACCUACUCCCACAGUACGGGAGAAGAAAGAAAAGGAAGCAACUAAGGUGACGAUGAUCGCCCAACAAGCUCACCAUCUUGAAGUAAAGACCGAAAGCCGAAGGACAUCGUUCCAAAGCGAGGUCAAAGAAGAAACCAAAUCGGAGAGCCGUCGAAGCUCCAUCAUUGAGAACAAAGCUGUUAAGCAACUUACAAAGGAAACUGCAGAAAGCAGAAAAUCAUCAAUUUCAUCUGUCGCUGAACAACAAGAAGUUACUGCUUUGAAGAAGACAGCUCAAAAGAGCACACUAAAGGUGGCAGAAGCGGCCGAAAUGGAACAAGUUAAACUUAAGGAAGUGAAAGGGAACGUAGAAGAUACGGUAACGACUGAUAAGCCUUCAGAUAAAACAUAUCCCUGGCGACCUACGAAAACAGACACUCAGGAACCUACUAAAACUGAGGAACCAAAACGUAAGGAUAGCUUAAAGAAGCCUACCGAUACAUCAGUACCAAAACGUCGUGAAAACGAUACUGAGGACACUGAAGAUAUCGAAGAGGUUGAGGAAAAAACUGAGACUAAACGUAAAGCUUCUGUUGAUAAGCCUAAAGAACCGAUUAGACGUCGACCCAGCAAACCUGAUGAGGAUAAAGAAAAUAAGAAGAAACCUGAGAAGGUUGAUAAGACUGAUAGUAAAAGAAAGGCAUCAGUUGAUAAACCUACUGAGCCUAAAAGAAAGCCGAAUAACAUUGACGAGGAUAAGGAAAAUAUUGAUACCGAAAUCACAGAAAACCAAAAUAAACGAAAGGUUUCAAUUGAUCGUCCCACCGAACCUACUUAUCCGUGGCGUAAGCCUAGUAAUGCUGAUGAGGAUCAGGUAGAAUCGCAAAAGACAGAGGUUAAGAGGAAGCCUUCAAUUGAUAGGCCUACAGAACCGACUUAUCCAUGGCGUCGUCCUAGUCAUGUAGAUGAGGAUGACCAACAGCCAAUGGUAAUAGACGAUGAACCAUUUGUGCCUAGACGUCGGGUAUCGGUUGACAGACCAUCAGAACCUACUUACCCUUGGCGCAAACCUAGCGUUGACUUACAGGAUACACUUGUUCCUGAAGCUCCUGAAGAAACCAAAAAGCCAGUUGAUGAGGGUAGAGAAUCUCCUUAUCCUUGGCGCAAACAAAGUAAAGUUGAAGAGGAUAAGAAAGAUUCGAAAGAACCAGAAAAGCCUAAAGAUAAUUUGUUGACGGAUAAAUCGAAGGAAUCUGAUUAUCCUUGGCGCAGACCAAGUAAAUCGGAGGAACCUGCGGCUAAAAAUCCAGAGCCAGAACCAGCUAAAGACGAACCAAAAUCCAAGGAACCUGAUGAUACACAGAAAACACAAACAGACAAACAAUUGAAACCCACACAGACACCUUUCUUCAUGAGAAGGAAGUCCAAUAAUUUAGAGGAACCUCCUGAAUUCUUAAAGAAACGUAAUAAUUCAACUGUUGAGCCUAAAAAGGAAACAGAACCUGAAACACCAAAACGAAAGCCUUCUGAGCCUACAGUUGAAACACCAAAGGAUAAAGCAAAGGAGCCAGAACCUAAACAAAAGUUAUCAGAACCUUUCGUGGAACCAGUCAAGAAUGGUACACUUGAACCAAAGACGCCUGAAUCUCUAAAAACACCUUCGGAACUACUAAAGGAUAUUACUCAAAAAACAAAGGAACUUGAAGUAUCCAAAAAACCAGACGAGAAUAAAAAGAAAUCUAUAGAAGAAAGUUCUAAAUUACCAAAGGACGACGAUAGUAAAGUACAGAAACCACUAGAAUCACCAAAAUUGACAGAAACACGAUACCCUUGGAGAAAACAACACUUAGAGGUACCGUCAAUAGAAACUCCAGAACCGGAAAAGAAAGAAGAACCCCCAGUGGUUCCAUUCUCUUGGCAGGUCAUUCCUGAAAUACCACAGGCUGAACAAACCCCAGAAUUAGAAGACAAAUACAAACCAACAUUACUUGAGACACCGGAGCCAACCGCUCCCUGGCGCAGGGCUAAGUCCCCUCAGAAAGUCGCCGUUAAGGAAGAGAAGGUUGAAGAAGAAGCUAAGAAGGCCAAGGUCACAUCAGUCAAGAAGAAGGCUGAGGAUCUGCCUGAAAUUGCUGAUUACGACCGACCUGAACUUGAGAAAUUCGAAAAGAUGGACUUCACGCCAUCAACCAAGGACAAACCAGACAAGCCUGUGCCAAAGGUGCCUGAAAUCAAGGCUCCAGAGGAGAAGCCUGCGGCACCUAAGAUCGAAGUCAUCCGUGAGAAGUCACCGAAACCAGAAAUGCCAAGGAAACCCUCACUUGUACCUGGUGCACCAGUCGGUAGACGUGGUUCCCUCAUUCCUCCUCCAGAGGAGAUGGGAAGACGUCCUUCCCUUAUCAUCAGUGACGAGGUCAAGAAAUUACGUCCCGGCGAAGUAUUAGACGAGAAAAAGAAACGCGCCAGGCCGGGUGAACUCUCCGAAGAGCGACGAAAAUCCGGAGACGCCAGAAGGCCGUCAGUGCAGGAUCUUGAAGAUCUUAUCAACAAACCUUCAGUACCUCUCAAACCUAUCGGAAAUGAGGGUCCACCGGUCAUCGUCGAUGUCCAAGAAAGUUACUCCGCAGUUGAAGAUCAAACUGGCUACCUCACUGUACAAGUUGAAGGCAACCCAGCACCUACGUUCAAGUUCUAUAAGGGUGUCAGUGAGAUCAUCGAAGGUGGUCGCUUCAAAUUCAUCACCGAUGGUGAAACUGGUCUCAUCACCCUCUGCAUGAGGAAGGUCAAGCCUAACGAUGAAGGAAAAUACAAGAUUGUGGUCAGCAACAUCCAUGGCGAGGAUUCAGCUGAAAUGCAGCUUUAUGUAUCCGACGCCAGUGGUAUGGACUUCCGUGCUAUGCUUAAGAAGAGGAAGUACGCCAAAUGGGGUGAAAAGAAGGAGGAUCCCGACUGGGGCGACCUCAAGGAGACAGAAAAACCAAUCCCACCCCUCAAGAAAGUGGAAAAGAAACAAGAGUCAUUCUUGAAGCCCCUCGUAGAUCAAUUCGCGAAAGAAGGCAAGGAUAAGAAGGUUACAUUCGAAGCUAUCUUUACUAAACCGAAUGCGAAACCGAAGUGGUUCUUCCGUAAAGAUGAACUGUUCCCGGGGUCGAAGUAUAAGAUGACAAAUGAACAAGACUCAUACAAACUGAUCAUCAUGGCCCCUAAAGUCGAAGAUACUGGUAAAAUUACGAUUGAAAUCGGCGGUAUCACUUGUACAGCCUUCUUGCAAGUCGAUGAACCAGACCCUACAUACACCUUCACCAAACAACUGAAGAAGACGACAAGUGGGUACACGAAACACGAAUGUGUGUUGGAGUGUGCCGUCUCCAACAGUCUCGCCAUCGUCUCAUGGUGGAAGGGAGAAGAGAAAAUAGAAGAUGGAGACAUUUAUCAGAUUUCAAAGGACUUGUCUGGAGUUUGCAGGCUGGUCAUCAAGAACUGUAAGUUCGAAGAUGCUGGAAAAUACACAUGUAAGAUUGAAAAGCAGCCUGACAAGACAGAGACUGAAGUCAAAAUUGUUGAAUACCCAUACAAGUUCACAAAGGUACUCAAAUCUCAGCAAGCUACAGAGAAAGACACGAUCACACUUCUCUGCGAGCUGGAUGAUGCAUCUGGAGACGUUAAAUGGUUCAAGAACAAUGAACCUCUGAAACCAGACAAACGUAUCUCAAUCGUGAAGGAGGGUCGCAAACGCAAGGUUGUGAUCAAGGACGCAAAGGUCACUGACGCCGGCAACUUCAAGUGCGUCAGUAACGCCGAUGAAACUGCUUGCGAAUUGAUUGUCAAUUACUCGAAUCGCUUCAACAAGAAGUUGAAGGACACAGAAGCAAUUGAGAGGGACAAGGUUGUUCUAGAAGUAGAGUUGCAGGAUCAGACCGCUGAAGCUGUUUGGUCUUUCAAUGGACAGCCCAUUGUGCCUAAUGACAGAAUUGAAAUCAAGAACCUGGGCGGUGGUAAACACCAGCUUAUCUUCAACAAGUUGGAGAUGGAAGAUGACGGUGAAAUUCUCUGCGAGUCUGGAAAGUUGUCCUCUUCUUGCAAACUUACCGUCAAGAAGGGUGAAUCCAAACCUACUAUUGACUGUCCGGAUGAAUUCUGCGGACCACAUGACAGGCCUUUCGUCAUUGAGGUGCCCUAUAAAAUUACUGGCACCCGGCAGACACCAAUCGAAGCUAAACUAUGGAAGGACGGAAAAGCCCUGCCCGCCAAAGAAGUCGAGGCAGUGGUUGAACAAGAGAAGGUCCUAUUCAAGAUCAAGAAACCAAGCAGAGACCAAUCCGGCAAAUACACGAUUAAAUUGGCCAACGCCCAGGGUGAUGACUCGAAAGAUGUCACUAUUACCAUGCAGAGCGUACCAACUCCACCACAGGAAGUCCAGGUCACAGAAGUCUUCCAGACUUCUUGCGUUGUCGCCUGGAAGACGCCGCAGGACGAUGGUGGUUCACCCAUCAUCAAAUAUGUUAUUGAGAGACAGGACAUGUCUCUCAAAGCAGGAUGGGAUAAUGUAUCAGAGGUGGCCGUUGGCCAGCCAAUGAAAUACAAGGUAGAAGAUCUUAUCCCGAAGAAGACUUACAAGUUUAGGAUCCGUGCUGUUAACAAGAUUGGUUCUAGUGAACCUGGUCUGUUCGGCAAGCCUGUAUUGGCUAAGGAUCCAUGGGAUGAACCAUCAAAGCCCAAGAAUGUGGAACUUACCGACUGGAACAAAGACCACGCAGACCUUAAAUGGCAGAAGCCUGACAACGAUGGUGGUGCACCAAUCACUGGAUACGUCAUCGAAUACAAGGAGAAGUUCGGCAAGGACUGGGUGACUGGCAAGGAGGUUCCCGGCGACUGCUUAGCUGCCACUCAGGAUGGCCUCAAGGAAGGCUGCACUUACGAGUUCAGGGUCCGCGCCAUCAACAAGGCUGGACCUGGUGAACCUAGUGACGCCACUAAGCCGAUUGUUGCUAAGUGCAGAUUUGUCAAGCCUUACAUUAUUGGUGAGGGUGUCCAAAGCAUCAUCAUCAAGAAGGGCCAGGUCAUCACCUUCGACAUCAAAUACGGUGGUGAACCUGAACCCGAGGUCAAAUGGAUGAAGGGUGAAGAGAAACGCGGCAAGGCGUACACGGAGAAGGAAAUCAAGGAUGAUGGUGACCGUAUCACCAUUGAUAAGUACGAAAGGAACACCGUACUGACUGUCAGAAGGACCACCAGACCUGAUAGUGGAAAGUACAAGUUGGUAUUGACCAACUCUUCGGGCACUUGCGAGAGCAUCGGCGAUGUGGUUGUCUUGGACAAACCAAACCGCCCGAACGGCCCGAUCGAAGUUACGGAUAUCCGCGCCGAGAAGGCGACCGUUAAAUGGCAGAAGCCAGACGACUGGCAGGGAUCCGAUAUCACUGGAUACACACUCGAAAAGAUGGACAUGGAUACUGGCAACUGGGUGCCUUGUGGUGAGACUGGUCCAGAACCAACAGAGUUCACAGUCAAGGGUCUUACCCCGAACCACAAGUACAAGUUCAGGGUACGCGCCGUCAACAAGGAAGGCGAAUCAGAACCAUUGGAAACUGAUGGAUUCAUUCUUGCUAAGAACCCUUACGACCCACCAAAGGCGCCUGGAAAGCCUACUAUUACGGAUUACGACAACAUGUCGGUGACCUUGCAAUGGGAGCCACCAUCAGACAACGGUGGAAGACCAAUUCUUGGAUACGUUGUGGAGAUGAAGGACAAAUUCUCUCCAGACUGGAUUGAGGUUGUGAAAACAAAUGACACAAAAACCGAGUACAAGGUUGAAGGUCUGAAGGAGAAGAUGGUAUACCAGUUCCGCGUGAAGGCAUACAACAAGGCUGGUGUUGGUGAGGCUUCGCAGCCCACUGACAACCAUCUCUGCAAGCAUAAGAACUUGAAACCACGCAUUGAGCGCAGCACCUUCAAGUCUGUUAUCAUCAAGGCUGGCCGCACUCACAAAUGGUCUGUGGAUGUCAUCGGUGAACCUCCACCAGAGAUGACAUGGUCAUGGCGCGAUAACAUAAAACUGGUUAACACAGAACGCAUCAAGAUUGAGAACAAGGAAUACCACACGGACUUCACUAUUGUGAACGCCGUCCGUCGUGACACUGGCAAAUAUAAGCUCAGAGCUGAGAACUGCAACGGUUUCGACGAGGAGACUGUUGAGCUUACUGUGCUGAGCAAGCCUAGUGCACCAAAGGGCCCAUUGGAAGUCACAGACAUCCACGCCGAAGGCUGCAAAGUUAAAUGGGAGAAGCCAGAAGACGAUGGUGGCUCUCCAGUCAAGGAGUACGAGCUCGAGAAGAUGGAUGUCGCCACUGGCAAGUGGGUCAGGGUUGGCAGAGUUGCUGGAGACAAGAAGCCUCUAGAGAUGGAAGUGACUGGUCUGGAACCUGGUCACCAGUACAAGUUCAGGGUGACAGCUGUCAACGAUGAGGGUGACUCCGAUCCUCUUGAAGCUGAACGCGCUAUCCUCGCGAAGAAUCCGUUCGAGGCAUCAGACAAGCCUGGCAAUGUGGAGGUCGCAGACCACGACAACCAGAGCGCAGACAUCAAAUGGGACCCGCCUAAGAACGACGGCGGUGCUCCAAUCCUCAAGUACAUUAUCCAGAAGAAGCCUAAAGGCGGUGAUUGGGAGAAUGCUGCUGAGGUACCUGGAACCCAGAACACGGCUAAGAUCGACGGUCUACCAGAAGGUAGCGAGUACCAGUUCCGUGUGGUCGCUGUCAACAAGGCUGGACCUUCCGAACCUUCGGAUCCUACCAAGAUGACCACCAUCAGGCACAAAGCCCUGAAACCACGCAUCGACCGCACCAACCUGAAGGCGCUGGCAGUGCGCGCGGGCAAGCCAAUCUUCUUCGACGUCAACGUCAAGGGUGAACCCGCACCCAAGGUGCAAUGGUUCCGCAAGUGGAAGGGCGAAGAGACUGAGGUGAAAGAAAACAUAAUCAACGUGGACUACAACACUAAACUGGACAUCAAGGAGUCCGUCCGCGCUAUGACUGGUACCUACCGUAUCCUAGCUACCAAUGAGCAUGGUUCUGAUGAAGCUGAAGUUGAGAUCACCGUACUGUCUGCUCCUGGCAAACCUGGUGGUCCACUGAAGGUCGCUGAUGUCACCAAAAAUGGCUGCAAGCUGUCUUGGAAGAAACCAGAAGAUGAUGGUGGUAAACCAGUAACUGGCUACGUGGUCGAGAAAUUGAACAAGGCUACCGGUCGCUGGGUGCCAGUCGGCAAGACUGACGAUACUGAGAUGGACAUCAAGGGGCUGCAGGAAGGUGAAGAGUACGAGUUCAGGGUGAAGGCAGUCAACGAAGAGGGAGAGUCUGAACCUUUGAAGACUGACCACUCUAUCAUCGCUAAGAAUCCUUAUGAUAUCCCUGGCAAGCCAUCAGUCCCAACCCUGGAGGACUGGGAUGUGGACCGUGUGGACCUCAAAUGGGAGGCUCCCAAGAACAAUGGAGGAGCGCCUAUCACUGGCUACAUCAUCGAGAAGAAAGAGAAAUACGGAUCUUGGACAGAGGCGCUUGUUACUACGACGCCAGAAUGCAAGGCUCGCGUGCCGGACCUGAAGGAAGGCAACGUGUACCAGUUCCGUGUCCGCGCCGUCAACAAGGCCGGUCCGGGAGAACCGGGAGAUGCUACACAACCGCAUACGGCUAAGGCCCGAUUCUUGAAACCCCACAUCAACCGCGACAAGAUGCACGCCAUCCGCGUCCGCGCCGGUACCACCAUCAAACUGGACGUCGACAUCAAGGGUGAACCUCCACCAACCAAGACCUGGACCUUCGCUAAGAAGGUCCUGGAAACCGGCCCAGGGCUGAAGAUCGAGAACGAGGACUACAACACAAAGAUGCAGAUCUUCGACUCGACCUGGGCCAACUCUGGAAUCUACACGCUCAAGGCGGAGAACGAUUCUGGAGUCGAUGAGGCUACAGUGGAGAUCACUGUACUGGACAAGCCCGGCAAGCCCGAGGGUCCACUAGAAGUAUCGGACGUGCACGCGGACCACGUGAAGCUGAGCUGGAACAAGCCCAAGCACACCGGCGGCCUGCCGCUGUCGGCCUACGUCGUCGAGAAGAUGGACACCCUCACUGGGAAGUGGGUGCCCGCCGGUACUGUCGACCCUGAUACCACUGAGGCUACUGUUACUGGCCUAGAAGCGGGUCACACGUACCAGUUCCGCGUAAAGGCUCUGAACGAGGAAGGAGAAUCCGAACCCUUGGAGACAGACCACGGAAUCCUGGCCAAGAACCCAUACGACGUCCCAGCACCACCUGGCUUACCAGACAUUGUGGAUUGGGAUGAGAAGUCAGCUAAACUUAAAUGGGAGCCCCCUAUCAGGGACAAUGGAGCUCCUAUCACCGGCUACAUUAUUGAAGUCAUGGACAGAGAUAGAGGAGAGUUUGUUAAGGCUGUGGAAAUCCAAGGCAACAUCUGCCAGGGUACAGUACCGAAGCUGGAGGAGGGCAACCAGUACCAGUUCCGCAUCCGUGCCCUGAACAAGGCUGGACAGUCCGAACCUUCCGAGAACACCAACUGGCAUACAGCUAAGCCGAGAUUCUUGAAACCAAGAAUCGACCGCACAAACCUGAACCCGAUCACUGUAAAGGCUGGACUACCAGUUUCCCUGGACGUCAAGGUCUUCGGAGAACCACCAGCCACCGUCACCUGGUACUUCAAGGGUGAGGAGCUGAAGAACAGGGAAAACCUGGAGAUUAUCAAUGUGGACUAUAAUACCAAGUUCUUGAUGACCAAGUCCAAGAGGGCGCAGACUGGAAAAUAUGUCAUUAAGGCUAAGAAUGAGGUUGGAGAAGACGAGGCUGAAGUUGAGAUUACUAUUCUUGGCAAGCCCUCGAAACCACAAGGACCUCUGGACGUGUCUGACGUCACAAAGAACGGUUGCACCCUCACCUGGAAGAAACCAGAAGACGAUGGCGGAUCACCCAUCGAGUACUACGAGAUUGAGAAACUUGAUCCGCUUACUGGCCAAUGGAUCCCUUGUGCCACAGCCAAGGACUGCAAGGCCAACAUCACCGGCCUGUCUGAAGGCAAGCCUUACAAGUUCAGGGUCAAGGCCGUCAACAAGGAGGGAGAGUCUGAAGAACUGGAGACUGACAAGCCUAUUAUUGCUAAGAAUCCCUUCGACGAGCCCGGCAAACCUGGUCGUCCAGAGCCACGUAACUGGGACAAGGACUUCGUGGAGCUGGAAUGGACUCCACCCAAGAACGAUGGAGGAGCUCCCAUCACUGGAUACAUUGUACAGAAGAGGGAGAAGGGUGGAAGAUCCUGGUCAGACUGCCUCAAGACUACAGGCGACCGUCCGACUGGUCGCGUGACGGACGUGGAGGAGGGUCACGAGUACGAGUUCCGUGUCAUGGCCGUCAACAAGGCUGGACCGGGAGAACCUUCCGAUCCUAGCAAGAGUGUUAUUGCUAAGCCACGAUUCUUGAAACCACACAUCGACCGCAAGAACCUUCAAAGCAAGAAGAUCAAGGUUGGCUCACCACUCAAGAUGGACGCCGACGUCAAGGGUGAACCAGAACCAGUCAUCACCUGGACCUUCAAGGGCGAGCCCCUCAAAUCUGCUGGAAGAUUACAGAUUGACAAUAAGGACUAUCACACUACAUUCUCUAUAGACAAGAUGACCAGGGCUGAUGCUGGUAAAUACGUGGUGACUGCCAAGAAUGACUCUGGUGUUGAUACCGUUGAAAUUGAAGUCGAGGUCGUCAGCAAGCCUAGCAAGCCGAAGGGACCUCUCAAGGUAUCAGACGUCACAGCAGAAGGUUGCAAGCUCAAAUGGGAGCCGCCAGAAGAUGAUGGAGGCGAACCCAUCGAGAACUAUGUCGUUGAACGUAUGGACACAGAGUCCGGAAGAUGGGUCCCUGUCUGCACCACCAAGACCCCUGAAGCCGAUGUUACGGGUCUCAAUGAAGGCAAGGACUACCUGUUCAGGGUGAAGGCUGUCAACCCUGAGGGUGAAAGUGAACCGCUGGUUACUGAAACCGCUACUACUGCUAAGAAUCCUUAUGGCGAGCCCGAUCCACCUGGCAAGCCAGAAUUCAAGGACUGGAGCAAGGAUCACGCAGACCUCAAGUGGGAGGCACCCAAGAACGACGGUGGCGCCCCCAUCACUGCAUACAUUGUGGAGAAGAAGGAUCGCGACACCGGCAAGUGGGUGAAGGCUGCGGAGGUGCCCGGCAACAAGACCGAGGCCCGUGUGCCCGACCUGAUCGAAGGCAAGACCUACCAGUUCCGAGUGAAGGCCGUCAACAAGGCUGGACCCGGCAAGGCGUCCGCGCCUUCCGAGAAUCUGCUGGCUAAGGAUAGAUUUGCGCCACCUAAGAUCGACCGUACGAACAUGCGCGACAUCACUCUCAAGGCGGGACAGAACAUCAGACUGGACGUCAAGGUCAGCGGAGAACCCCCACCGACUAAGACUUGGUUCCACAACAAGGAACGUCUAUCGACUCGCGAGGAUCUGACGGUAGACGUGGAAGACUACAGGACCAAGCUAUCCGUAGUCAUUGCUUCACGCAAACACAGCGGCACUUAUGUCCUGAAGGCUGAAAACUCCAGCGGCAAGGACGAAGCCACUAUUCAGAUUAAUGUACUAGAUGUACCUGCUAAACCUGAAGGACCGCUUAAGAUCUCAGACGUCCACAAAGAAGGUUGCACACUGAAAUGGAACCCGCCACUAGACGACGGUGGCGCCCCCAUCGACCAUUACUUGGUUGAGAAACUAGACACGGAGACUGGUCGCUGGAUGCCGGCGAUGAAGACCAAGGACCCGAAGGCUGAGAUUGAGAACCUGGUGCCAGGACAUGAGUACAAGUUCAGGGUCUCCGCUGUCAACAAUGAGGGAGUUUCGGAGCCACUUGAGGCUGACCACUCUAUUAUUGCGAAGAAUCCGUUCGAUGAACCCGGCAAGCCCGGAACACCAGAAGUGGUGGACUGGGACAAGGACCAUGUGGACCUUAAAUGGGAGAAACCCCUCAAGGAUGGAGGAGCGCCUAUCACCGGCUACAUCAUUGAGAAGAGGGAGGUCGGAUCACCCAAGUGGGUGAAGGCUUGUGAGGUCGGUCCCAACGACAAUGAGAAGGCGACAGUCCCCAACCUGGACGAGGGUACGGAGUACGAGUUCCGGGUAAAGGCAGUCAACGAGGCUGGACCGGGAGAACCUUCCGACGCCAGCAAGUCUGUUGUCUGCAAGCCUAGGAGACUGGCACCGAAGAUCGACCGUCGCAACCUGCGUACAAUCAAGGUCCGUGAAGGCGAGCCCAUCUCGUUGGACGUCAAGGUCACUGGAGAACCCGCGCCUGAUGUCACAUGGACGCUGAACGGAAAGUCUGUCAGCAGUGGCAAUGGAUUGAAAUUGGUCAAUGUGCCGUACUUGAGUAAGUACCAGCACUCGAGCCCGCGCCGCAAGGACUCCGGCACCUACAAGAUCCAGGCGGUCAACAAGUACGGACAGGACACCGCCGAGCUGGAGAUUAUUGUUACUUCCAAACCCGAGAAACCCGAGGGUCCAUUGGAAGUAUCAGACAUCCACAAGGACGGCUGCACCCUCAAGUGGAAGCGGCCUAAAGAUGAUGGAGGGGAACCCAUCGAGGCUUACCUCGUCGAGAAAUAUGACACGGAGACUGGAACCUGGCUGCCAGUUGGCAAGACACAUGGAAAUGUGCCAGAGAUGGAGGUCGAUGGCCUGAUCCCCGGUCACGAGUACAAGUUCCGCGUGAAGGCGCUGAACAAGGAAGGUGAAUCGGAACCGCUGGAGACAUUCGGCUCCAUCAUCGCCAAGGAUCCAUUCACCACCCCAGAUGCACCCGGUGCGCCAGUACCAGACGACUGGUCGGCCAGCCACGUGGACCUCAAGUGGGAGCCGCCGCUAUCGGACGGAGGGUCUCCCAUCAUUGGUUACAUCAUCGAGAAGAAGGACAAAUACUCUCCCCUGUGGGAGAAGGCUGUGGAAACACACACACCUACACCUUCUGGCACCGUUAAUGGUUUAAUCGAAGGCAACGAAUACCAGUUCCGUGUGAUUGCCAUCAACAAGGCCGGUCAGAGUAAACCCUCGGAAGCCAGCAAGAACUUCGUGGCCAAGCCAAGGUUCUUGGCUCCGAAGAUCGACAGGCGUCACCUGAGAGAUGUCACCAUCUCUGCUGGAUCUACUUUGAAGCUGGAGGCUGCUAUCACCGGAGAGCCUGCUCCAGCUGUUGAAUGGAGAUACCAGAACAUGCCUCUCCGCCCAUCGAAGGCAGUAAUGAUAGACAGUCCGGAAUACUUCACGAAGCUGGUCAUCCGUCCAGUACGUCGCGACGACUCCGGCGAGUACACCGUCACUGCCGUCAACUCCAGCGGCAAGGACCAGGUCACCAUCAACGUGGUGGUUACUGACAAACCUAUGAAGCCUGAAGGACCAUUGCAGAUCUCAGACGUCCACAAGGAGGGAGCUACCCUCAAAUGGAAGAGGCCCAAAGACGACGGUGGCGCCCCCAUCGAGUACUACCAGAUCGACAAACUGGACACUGAGACUGGAUGCUGGGUACCGUGUGCCCGCUCCGAUGAGCCUAAAUGUGAAGUAACCGGUUUGACUCCUGGCAAGGAGUACAAGUUCCGUGUGUCCGCUGUCAACUCCGAGGGAGAGUCUGAACCUCUCAUCUCUGAGGAGUCUAUCGUCGCCAAGAAUCCGUUCGACGAACCUGGUGCGCCAGGAACUCCAUCAGUGACAGACUGGGACAAGGACCACGUGGACCUCAAAUGGACCCCACCACGGGAAGACGGUGGCGCCCCCAUCGAGGGCUACAUCGUUGAGAAGAAGGACAAGUUCGGCAACUGGGAGAAGGCGGUCGAAGUACCCGCGGAUAAGACCACGUGUACUGUGCCUGAUCUCAUUGAAGGACAGACCUAUGAGUUCAGGGUCCGUGCCGUCAACAAAGCUGGCCCUGGCGAGCCGAGUGACAGCACCCACCCGAUCGUGGCCAAGCCCAGGAACCUGGCGCCCAAGAUCGACAGGACCAACCUCAUCGACAUCAAGAUCAAAGUCGGACAGAAGUUCGGAUUCGAUGUCAAGGUAUCCGGUGAACCAAUGCCAGAAACAAAAUGGUUCUUGGCUAAGAAGGAAGUCAAAUCUGGCGGUGACGUCAAAGUACAGCAUUCAGAUUAUAACACGAAGCUGAACUGCAAGUCAGCCAAGCGAGCUGAUAGUGGAAGGUACACCAUUACAGCUGAGAACAGCAAUGGCAAGGAUGUGGCUGAAGUCGAAGUUAUUGUGCUGGACGUGCCUAGUCCACCUGGAGGACCACUCAAGGUCUCCGAUGUCCACGCCAAUGGAGCCAAGUUGUCUUGGAACCCACCAGCCGACGAUGGCGGUCAGCCCAUCGACAAGUACGUGGUGGAACGCAUGGACGAGGCCACUGGACGAUGGGUCACUGCUGGAGAAACAGACGGACCGAAGACCAGCCUCGCUGUUGAAGGACUCACGCCUGGCCAUAAAUACAAGUUCAGAGUCCGAGCUGUUAAUAGGCAAGGCAAGUCCGAGCCCCUCACAACACCACACGCGACCGAAGCCAAGAAUCCAUUCGACGUCGCCGGCAAGCCUGGCACGCCCAAGAUCAAGGACUUCGACAGAGACUUCGUCGAACUUGAAUGGACCAGACCACAGACCGAUGGUGGAGCACCCAUCACCGGUUACGUCAUCGAGAAGAAGGAUCGCUUCUCCCCAGACUGGGAGGAAUGCGCACAAAUCGAAGGUGACGUUACUUCUGGCAAGGUCCCAGACCUUAUCGAAGGUAACACCUACGAGUUCCGCGUCCGUGCCGUCAACAAGGCCGGCAAAGGUGAACCUAGCGAUGGAACUGCACCACAUCUCGCUAGACCUAAGAACCUUCCACCUAAGAUCGACAGGAACUUCAUGUUCGACAUCAAGGUCAAGGUCGGACAGAACUUCGACCUCGACGUACCAGUCGCCGGAGAGCCUACUCCUACCAAGGAAUGGUUCAAUGGUGACAACCUCGUCAUGAACACUGACAGGAUCAAGAUUGUCAAUGAUGCUCAUAGCACUAAGAUCCGUGUCAUCGACGCCAAGAGGGCUGACACUGGCACUUACACUCUUAAAGCCAGGAAUAUCAACGGUACUGACACAGCUACAGUUAAGAUCACAGUCAUGGACGUGCCUACACCACCUGAAGGUCCUCUCCGCGCUGAUGACAUCACCAAGUCUGGCUGCACUCUGCGCUGGAGGCCACCCAAGGACGACGGUGGUGCAGAAAUCACUCACUACGUCGUCGAGAAGAUGGACCAAGAGAACAUGCGCUGGAUCCCAGCCGGUGAGGUCCAGUCCUGCAGCAUCAGGAUCGACCACCUCAUCGAGGGCCAUGAUUACAACUUCCGUGUCCGUGCUGUCAACAAACAUGGCGAAUCACAGCCUCUUGUUGGACACGAGCCAAUCACUGCCAAGGACCCCUACGGUACUCCAGACAAACCUGGAACUCCAGUUGUCAAGGACUGGGACAAAGAUCACAUGGACCUCGAAUGGGUACCACCAAAGAAGGAUGGCGGCUCACCCAUCACUGGCUACAUCAUCGAGGCUAAGAAGAAGUACGGACCUUGGGAAGUCGCUGCGACUGUACCUGGAAACAAGACUACUGCUACCGUACCUAACCUCCAAGAGGGUGAGGAGUACGAGUUCAGGGUUAUUGCUGUCAACAAGGCCGGUAACGGAGAGCCCAGUGAUGCUUCCACACCACAGGUGGCUAAGGCCAGGUUCUGUGCGCCACACUUCGACAAAAUGCUCUUGGCAGAUAAGACUGUCAAGGCUGGCCAGAGGAUCCAAUACGAAAUCCCGAUCGAAGCAUCGCCUAAACCAACUGUUGAAUGGCAGAUCAACGGCAAGGUGGUCCACCCAUCAGACAGGAUCGAUAUCCAGAUUCUACACAACAGGGUCAUUCUAGACAUUCCAUUCUCCGUCCGCGCUGAUGGAGGCGUUUACAAACUGACCUUGAAGAACGACCUCGGAGUCUGCUCUGCUGCAGCUCAAGUUACCGUCCUCGACAGACCUUCGAGGCCUGAGAAACCUUUGGUCGUAUCUGACGUUACCAAGGAAUCUUGCUCGCUAUCAUGGAAGGUACCUUUGGACGAUGGUGGAUCACCGAUCCUCCACUACGUCAUUGAGAAGAUGGACCUGUCGCGUGGUACCUGGUCUGAUGCUGGUAUGAGCACUUUCCUAUCGCACCAAGUCACCAGGUUGAUCCACAUGAAGGAAUACUUGUUCAGAGUGAGCGCUGUCAACGCUAUUGGUCAGUCUGAGCCUUUGGAGCUGGACCGUGCUAUCGUCGCCAAGAACGAGUUCGACGAGCCAUCCGCUCCUGGCAAACCUAAGGCAACUGACUGGAGCAAGAACCACGUCGACCUUGAAUGGGAGAAGCCUAAGUCUGAUGGUGGAUCACCAAUCACUGGUUACAUCAUUCAGAAGAAGGAGAAGGGCAGCCCCUACUGGGUAAAUGCUGUCCAUGUGCCUCCUAGCAAGAACAAGGCAACCGUACCUGAUCUAACUGAAGGCCAGGACUAUGAGUUCCGCGUUAUCGCCGUGAACCAAGCUGGUCAAUCAGAGCCUAGCGAGCCAUCUGACAUCAUCACAGCUAAGGACAGAUUCGUGGCUCCUAAGAUUCUUACACCACUUAAGGAGAUCCGCAUUAAGGCUGGACUCAUCUUCCACAUGGAUGUGGACUUCAUUGGAGAGCCUACUCCUGAAGUCACAUGGACUUGUGAUGGCAAGCCAGUGGUAGCCAACGAGAGGACAACAGUCACUAUUGUUGGUCACCAUACUAUUGUACACACUGUCAACUGCAAGCGCUCAGACGCUGGCAAGUACAACCUGAAACUGAAAAACGAUUCCGGUACUGAUGAAGGAAGCUUCGAGCUUAUUGUACUUGAUGUACCCGGAGCACCACAACCUCCGUUCGUAUACGAAGAGAUUACUGCACAGUCCGUCACGUUGUCAUGGAAACCACCCAAGGACAACGGUGGCAGUGAGCUUACUGCUUACGUCAUUGAGAAACGUGACCUCACCCACGGAGGUGGAUGGGUACCAGCUGUUACUUACAUCAACCCGAAAUUCAACCACGCAACUGUACCACGCCUGUCGGAAGGUACCAAGUACGAGUUCAGAGUAUUCGCUGAGAACCUUCAAGGUCGCUCUGAGCCACUCGUCACAGACAAGGCAAUCAUUGCCAAGAACCAGUACACAGUACCUGGCAAGCCUGGCAAACCAGAGCUUAUUGCUGCCGACAAGGACCACAUCAACAUCAGAUGGUCACCGCCUAUCUCCAACGGAGGGUCGAACAUCCUUGGUUACGACGUUGAGAGGAGAGACAAGGCUACUGGCCGCUGGAUCAAACUGAACAAGGAUCCAGUCAGGUUGAACGAAUACAACGAUGAAAGGGUGCAGGAAGGUCACCAGUACGAAUACAGAGUAUCGGCAGUCAACGCUGCUGGACCUGGACAGCCUUCCGACGAAUCCAACGUCUUCAUUGCUAGACCUAUGAAGGAGAGCCCGAAACUGAAGUUAGAUCACCUCAUUGGCAGGAAGAUCAAGGUCCGUGCUGGCGAACCUAUCAAUAUCAACAUUCCAAUCAGUGGCGCGCCCACACCGACCAUCUCCUGGACCAAGGGGUCAGUGCCUAUUGUACCCUCGCACAGGGUCAGCGCUGAAACUAAAGCUGAUGAAACUAAACUCAGCAUUGAGAAAUCUGUUCGCGAAGAUGCUGGUAAAUACACGAUCACAGCAUCCAACGCUCACGGUAAAGACUCCGCUGACAUUGAAGUCAUUGUUGUUGACAAACCAGGAGUGCCUAAAGGACCUCUUCUAUGCCAACCCGUUACACACGACGCUGUCAGCCUCACUUGGCAACCACCCACCGACGAUGGUGGCAGCGAGAUCACUGGCUACGUUGUUGAAGUUGCUGAAUUCGGAGUUAAUGACUGGCGCACAGUCGCUGGCUUCUGUCCUAAGUGCUCGUUCACUGUAAAGAACUUGACAGAAGGCAAGAAAUACAUAUUCAGGGUCCGCGCUGAGAACUUGUACGGUGUCUCCGACCCAUUGGAGAGCAAGCCUACACUUGCCAAGUCACCGUUCGACCCACCAGAUGCGCCAGACACGCCCAAGAUCACUGGAUACAGCUCCAACAGCUGCUCUCUCGAAUGGGAGCCACCCAAAGAUUGUGGUGGCAAACCCAUCACUGGAUACUAUGUCGAGAAGAGAGAACGUGGAGGUGACUGGGUCAAGGUUAACAACUAUCCAACACCUAACACAUGCUACACUGUAUCUGACUUACGCGAAGGCAACCGCUACGAGUUCCGCGUUAUUGCUGUCAAUGAAGCCGGACCCGGCAAGCCUAGCAAGCCGACCGAACCAAUCACAGCACAGACACAGAGACUUAAACCCAGCCCGCCAGAGGCGCCUAAACCAGACAGAGUUACCAAAGACUCCGUCACAUUGUCCUGGAGGCCACCCAAGAGCGAUGGUGGAGCCAAGAUCAAGGGCUACAUCAUUCAACAGAAGGGCAAGGGAGACAAGGACUGGAAGGACGUCAACGACGUGCCUAUUCCAAGCCUGGUACACACUGUACCUGCGCUUAAAGAAGGUGCUGAAUACCAGUUCAGAGUCAUCGCUGUUAACGACGUUGGCCGCUCAGAUCCUAGCAAACCAACAAGCGAGAUCAUCAUCGCUGAACAGCCAAACAAACCAUGCAUGGACCUUGGAGGAGUCAGGGACAUUACUGUACGUGCUGGAGAGGACUUCUCCAUUCACGUGCCGUACACUGGCUUCCCACAGCCGACUGCUCAAUGGUUCGCCGACGACAACCUGCUUGAUGUUGAGGGCGAUUCCAGAAUAUUCCAGAAGAUUACACCAGAGUCUGCGUCUCUUGUUGUCAAGAACGCGAAGAGGUCAGACGGCGGACAGUACCGCCUGCAAUUGCGCAACCCAUCUGGUUACGACACGGCUACCAUCAACGUACGUGUGCUCGACAGGCCUGGAAAGCCAGAGAACCUGCGGGCUGACGAAUUCGAAGGCGAAGCCCUUACACUUUACUGGAACCCGCCAAAGGACAAUGGCGGUGGCGAAAUCACCAACUACGUCGUUGAGAAGCGCGAGGGCAGAACCGCCAACUGGACCAAGGUAUCAGGCUACGUCACCACUCCGUUCUUGCGGGUGAAGAACUUGACGGUCGGAAAGGAUUACGAAUUCAGGGUUAUGGCUGAGAACCAGUAUGGUCAGUCUGACCCAGCACAGACUACUGAGCCGAUUAAGGCUAGGCAUCCAUUCGACCCGCCUGGUGCACCUGGAGCUCCUCGCUCCGUGGAGACGACAGAGUCUUCCAUCACGAUCACUUGGACGAAGCCGCGUCACGACGGUGGCUCGCCUAUUACUGGUUAUGUCGUAGAAAAGCGACUUAUAACGGAGGACAAAUGGACGAAGGCAUCUCACGCACACAUUCCUGAUACUACAUACAAGGUUACUGGACUGAUUGAGAACCACGAGUAUGAGUUCCGUGUGGCCGCUAUCAACGCUGCUGGUCAAGGACCGUACUCCGCCAGCUCUGAUGCCAUCAGGGCUUGCGCUCCACCCAACUCGCCCAAGAUCACCAGCGAUCUCAGCCUUAGGGAUAUCACUGUUAUUGCUGGAGAGGAGAUCAAGAUUACUGUUCCGUUUACUGGCAACCCAAGGCCAAAGGUAUCAUGGAUAGUGAACAACGAGGAGGUGUUCCCGGACAACCGUAUUCGCUUCGUAACAUCAGACGUGGACACUGUGUUCCACAACUCGCCUGCCAAGAGGUCUGAUACAGGAUCCUAUACCAUUCAGCUGGUUAACAGCGAGGGUUCUGACAGUGCUACAUGCAGGGUACUGGUAGUAGACAGGCCAUCACCGCCAGUCGGUCCUCUGGACGCGUACGACAUCACGCCAGACACGUGCACGUUGUCAUGGAAACCGCCACUAGACGAUGGUGGAUCUCCCAUCACCAACUACGUGGUCGAGAAGAUGGAUAACAGUGGAGUAUGGUCAAAGAUCUCAUCAUUUGUCCGCAACUGCCACUACAACGUUAUGGGUCUAGAACCAAACCGCAAGUACACGUUCCGCGUCCGCGCUGAGAACCAGUAUGGUGUUUCUGACCCAUUGACCAUGGAUGAUGCUAUCACUGCUAAGUUCCCAUUCACGAUUCCGGAUCCGCCGGGCAUGCCUCGCGUGACCGACUGGGACGGCUCUGCAGCCUCCCUGAUCUGGGACCGACCACGAUCAGACGGCGGAGCUCGCAUUCAGGGAUACAAACUGGAGUACAGGGAUGUACAGGACGGUAUCUGGAACAGCUCCGAUUAUCUCGUCAAGGAUUGCAAUUACCAGGCUUACAACCUUGAACCUGGUCACGAGUACGAGUUCCGUGUCCGUGCAAAGAACGCGGCUGGCUGGAGCAAGUACUCGGCCAGCUCGCAGCGGUUCAAGGUCCGCGGCAAGGCCAACCCGCCCGCGCCGCCACGCGCGCCCCGCGUCGUUAGGGUCGGCAGGAACUAUGUCGACCUGUCUUGGGACCCACCGGCGCAUGAUGGAGGUUCCCGUGUGACCGGCUACAUAAUCGAGCGCCGCGACGUCGGCAGCUCUGUCUGGAUAAAGUGCAACGACUACAACGUACAGGACACCACCUUCACUGCCAUGAACCUUAAUGAAAAGGCUGAUUAUGAAUUCCGUAUUGUCGCUGUCAACUCAGCUGGCAAGUCGGAACCGUCCAGCUGCACCACUCCAGUCCGCACGGGCGAGGAGUUGGGCGGCACCAAGCCCGAGUGGGUCAAACAACUGCCGCCCACCGUGUGCGCGCCGCUCGGGAAACCAUUCACUCUCGAGUGCGUCGCCACCGGCAACCCAGUGCCCACUGGGAGAUGGCUCAAGAACGGACGUGAAGUCGUCCUGGGUACCAGGUUUAUCGCGGAGUCCCGCGAAGGUACGCUCCGCCUGAACAUCACGGCGGCGACCGACGCGGACGAGGGAGACUACACGUGCGAGGCUGUCAACAACAUCGGUUUCAUCUACUGCACUGGACAUCUUAAAAUCGGAAACCCGCCGCGCAUCAUCCGCAUGCCGGGCGACCUGCACCUGCCGGAGCACGACAACACCAAGAUCAAGGUGCUGUACAGCGGGGACCAGCCCGCGGACGUCCUGCUCACCAGGGACGGACAUAAACUCACUGACUCGCCGCACUUCAAGUACACCGUCUUCGAUGAUUAUAUUCUUAUCUUCAUCAAGGAUAUCACUAAGGAUGAUAUGGGCAUUUACAAGAUCUCCAUAACGAACAAGUCAGGCGAGACAUCAGACACGUUCAGCAUCACCGUCACCGGACUACCAGGACCUCCACAAGGUCCUCUGGAGACCACAGACAUCACGCGUCACUCCUGCACUCUCGCAUGGAAGCCUCCCACAUACGACGGAGGACUGCCUGUCACUCACUACGUCAUCGAACGUAACGACAUCUCGGGCACGGCGUGGAUAACUAUCGCGUCCUCCGUGAGGGACACCAAGUUCACUGUCCAAGGAUUAACGGAGGGACAGGAGUAUAACUUCAGAAUUCAUGCUGCUAAUGAUAAUGGCAUGGGACCGGCUCUUGAAGGACCUAGCCCGAUUAAGGCCAAGGCACCAUACGACCCACCAUCAGCUCCUGGCAUCCCCAAGAUCCUGGAGGUCGGAGGAGACUUCGUCCACCUGGAAUGGGACAAACCAGAGAGUGACGGUGGAUCUAGGAUUCAAGGUUACUGGAUCGACAAACGCGAGGUCGGUACAACGACCUGGCAGCGCGUGAACCCGACACUUUGCUUACCAAACCAAUGGAACUGCUCCAACCUCAUCGAGGGCCGCCAGUACGAGUUCCAGGUCACCGCACAGAACGAGGCUGGAGUGUCGCCGCCUAGCAGUGCUAGCCAACAGGUCAAGGUCGUCGAUCCUAAAGCCGCCACCCCGCCAGAGAUCGUGAAGCCACUGAAGAACGCCAACUGCAUCCAGUACCACAACGCCAAGUUCCAGUGCACCAUCACUGGACAACCCAAACCUACCAUCACGUGGUACAAGGGUGCCCGCGAGAUAACAAACGGUCCUCGUCACCGCAUCUGGAGCGAGGGAGACAACCACUUCCUGACUGUCAUGGAUGUCUUUGGAGAAGACGCUGAUGAAUAUGUCUGCCGUGCCGUCAACCGCGCUGGUGUCAAGUCAACCAGGGCUGAACUGCUGAUUAUGACCGCACCGAAACUGAACGUGCCGCCUCGCUUCCGUGUGACGGCGUACUUCGACAAAGGCGAGAACGUAGUGAUCAAGAUUCCUUUCACCGGCCACCCGAUACCUAAGAUCACAUGGGUCAGGGAAGGCGAGACCAUUGAGUCUGGUAUCCACUACCAUGUUGAGAGGAAAGAACGUCACGCGAUUCUAACUAUCCGCGACGCCAGCAAACUCGACUCGGGACCAUACAGGAUCACUGCUGAGAACGAACUUGGACAGGAUUCCGCCACAAUCAACAUUGAAAUUAGCGAUCGUCCCGACCCACCACGAUUCCCAGCAGUGGACAACAUCGGCGUGGACUCGCUGGCACUCAGCUGGAAGGCUCCAGUCUGGGACGGCGGCUCCGAUAUCACCAACUACCUGGUCGAGAAGAGGGAACAUCCCAUGACCAGCUGGAUAAGGGUUGGAAACACCAGGUUCACAACAAUGGCGAUCACAGGCCUAGUACCAGGCAAGCAGUAUGAAUUCAGAGUGUACGCCGAGAACAUCUACGGCAGGUCGGAGCCUAGCGAGCCGACCACGCUGGUACAGACUAAGGCCAUCAUCAAGAAGGAGUUCCAGAAGAAGGAAUAUCCUGUUGACGAAACAGGCAAGCGUAUCCGCACGAACGCAGACCAUGGACCAAUCAAGGACUACGACAGCUACGUAUUCGACAUUUACAGUAAAUACGUGCCGCAACCAGUCGACAUCAAUACUUGCUCUGUAUACGACAAAUACGACAUUCUAGAAGAGAUUGGUACAGGCGCGUUCGGUGUUGUCCACCGUUGCCGCGAGAGGGCGACAGGCAACUACUUCGCGGCUAAGUUCAUACCGGUCGCUGGCGCUAUGGAGAAGGAACUGAUCAAGAAGGAGAUUGACAUUAUGAACCAACUUCACCAUCGUAAGCUGAUCAACUUACACGAUGCCUUCGAAGAUGAUGACGAGAUGGUUCUUAUUUUCGAGUUCUUAUCCGGAGGCGAGCUCUUCGAACGCAUCACAGAGCCAGGAUACAACAUGUCGGAAGCUGAAGCAGCUCACUACAUGCGCCAGAUCUGUGAGGGAGUCAGACACAUGCAUGAACAGAACAUCAUACAUCUGGACCUCAAGCCGGAGAACGUCAUGUGCCAGACUAGGACUGGUACUGAUGUCAAGAUCAUCGACUUCGGCCUGGCAACCAAAUUAGAUCCGAAUGAAGUAGUAAAGAUAUCGACGGGCACUGCCGAGUUCGCUGCGCCUGAGAUUGUGGAGCGCGAGCCGGUCGGGUUCUACACGGACAUGUGGGCCGUCGGUGUACUGUCUUAUGUACUGCUAUCCGGUCUAUCACCGUUCGCUGGUAACAACGACAUUGAAACCCUGAAGAAUGUAAAGGCAUGCGACUGGGAGUUCGAUGAAGAAGCCUUCCAGCACGUGUCUGAUGAUGCCAAGGACUUCAUCAGGAGACUGCUUGUCAAGAACAAGGAGAAGCGUAUGACAGCUCACGAGUGCUUGAUGCACAAGUGGCUGGCGGGCGACGCGGCGGCCGCGCGGACCGCGCAUAUCUCCGCCAGGAGGUACGAGGCGCUGCGGGACCGGCUGCGGGCGCAGUACGAGAACUGGUCAUCAUUCAGACUGCCCAUCGGCAGGCUGAGCGAGUACAGCUCACUGCGCAAGCUGCUCAUCGAGAAGUGGAAGAUAUACGAUGGACAGUUCGACCGCAGACAAGCAGCCCCCCGCUUCGUGAUCAAGCCCCAGUCCGCGUUCUGUUACGAGGGACAGUCCGUCAAGUUGUACUGUCGCAUCAUUGCAUGCGCUACUCCUACUGUCACCUGGUCCAGGAACAACCACGAGCUGAGACAGUCUGUCAAGUUUAUGAAGAGGUAUGCCGGCGACGACUACUACUUCAUAAUCAACCGCGCCAAGCUGGAGGACCGCGGCGAGUACAUCAUCAGGGCUGAGAACCACUACGGAUUCAGGGAGGAAGUCGUUUUCUUGAACGUUCAACCGGUCCCGAAGGUCCAACGCCAGCACCUGCCCGAGGCCCCGCGACGCCGCGAGGCCCUGCCGUACACGUUCUGGCAGGAGUCGUCCGAGACGGCGCCCGCCUUCACGUUCCAGCUGCGGCCGCGUGUCAUGCAGGCCAGGGACACGUGCAAGCUGCUCUGCUGUCUCAGUGGCAAGCCCACGCCCACUGUCAAAUGGUACAAGGACAAGAGAGAGCUAUCUAAAUAUGAUUACGCGAUGACACAUUCGGAUGGCGUCGUCACGCUGGAGAUCAUCGACUGUCGACCGGAGGACAGUGGCAAAUACACCUGCGUGGCCACCAACGUACAUGGCACUGAUGAGACAUCCUGUGUCGUUAUUGUUGAAGGCGAGGUGACAUCACCGGAGCAGGCACAGAUGAUCCACAACUUCCUCCACUCCGGCGACAGGCGCUACAUUGAGAAGCCACUCAAACCAGCGCCGCCACCGAUCAUCACCAAGACCAAGGUAACGAUCGACCCGCCCGCAAAGACCGCGCCCAGACCAAAGUAUUCACCACAGACAUCAGUAGAAGCUAGCAAGAAGAAAUAUGGCGGACUCUCAAGACUGGACUCGGACACAUCGUCCAGGUCCAGGAGUGCUACAAAGGAGCUUAUAUUGCCGGCGUCGGACUCGUCGAUGUGCGGGCCGUCGUUCGCGCGGUCCCUGCCGGACGCGCUGUGCGCCAAGGACGGCGCGCCACUACUGCUGUCGGCCGCCGUGCGCGGGGACCCCGACCCGCGCGUGCAGUGGUACAAGGACGGGAAGCCGCUGCAUUCCUCCGAGGUUGUAGACCUUAAAUACAAGAACGGAGUAGCGUCGCUGGCCAUCAACGAGGUGUUCCCUGAAGACGAGGGCAUCUACUCGCUGAAGGCCAUCAACAGCCAGGGCGAGACUGAGACCAAGUGCAAAGUCACUGUCAAACCAAUGGAAAGCAGCACGGUUGCAGCAGUGAAGUUAGGCGACAAGCCUCCCAGAAUAGUAGACCACGCUGUGUCACAGACUGUCAACGAUGGAGACGCCGUCACGCUGUCCUGCAGAAUCACAAACGCGGAACGUUUCGACGUGAUCUGGCUACAUAACAACAAGGAGAUCAAGCCAUCGAAGGACUUCCAGUACUCCAGCGAGGCCAACAUACACAAACUACACAUUGCUGAAAUAUUCCCUGAGGAUGCCGGCGUAUACACAUGCGAGGCAUUCAACGACGCCGGCGAGUCGUUCUCGUCGUGUUCCCUAGUGGUUCGUGUCCCGGGCGAGGCUGCCCCCUCCCCCCACUACACCGCCUUCCCCAGCUCCGCCACCGUUAGCAACGCUGAGCCUGCUGUCUUCACCACUGAGUUGGAUAAGCCACCACUCCAGCUUCAAUGGUUGAAGGACGGCAAACCAAUCGACGAGACCUCUGCCAGAUAUAAGUUCAUGAUGGAGGGUACCUCCAGGUACCGACUCGAGAUCGUCAAGUGCAGCCCUGACGACGCCGGACAGUACCAGGCCCGCGCCGUCGGAUCCAAGGGAGACGCCCUCGCAGCGUUCUACCUUAACGUCGUCGACCACUAAACUAUGGACUGACUGGGGAAACCGCAUGGGACCCAACACGGAACCCUGCGGAACACCCACACAAAAAUAACUGGAUGAAACAA